AUGAAGUUCCUCUCCAUCGCCACCGUUCUUGCUGCUGCAACUGUUCCCCUCUCCAACGCUUGGGUUCUGCAGGUCAAUGGCAACGAGGUCAAUGCCGGUAACCCUGUGACUGAAACAUUCUACAGCCGUGAGGCGGAGAAUGGAUGCCAUGAAAUCUCUUCCGAAAUCCAGAGGAAGGGCGUGCACGACUUUCAUUUCUGUACCGUCCAGAUGUACGGAUGUGAGAUCAAGUUCUUUGACGACAUCGGCUGCAAGGGCAAGGGCCUCGGCCAAAAUGGUGGCCGCGGGUAUAGCUGGAAGAAGUACCCCGUAAGCAAAGAAGGAAGCAAAAUGAAGAGCUUCCGCAUCACAGGCUGUCGCGCGGACAUUCCUGUCUUGGAAAAUGUCAAGUUUGAUACAUUCAGGAUUAAGGAGUGCUGA